AAUUUCCUGAUGACAGUAUUAUGAAUGAAAAUAAUAAACACAGACAAUAAAGUUGAUACGAAGUGAUAACAACUGCUUUUAUUUAUUUCAUGAUUACCGGUAUUCACUGUGAUGCAGAAAUAUGAAAAACUUGAAAAAAUCGGGGAAGGUACAUAUGGAACUGUGUUUAAAGCCAAGAAUAAAGAAACUCAUGAGAUUGUAGCACUAAAAAGAGUUCGUUUGGAUGAUGAUGAUGAGGGUGUACCCAGCUCGGCAUUACGAGAAAUCUGUCUACUGAAAGAAUUAAAACACAAGAACAUUGUCAGAUUAUAUGAUAUUAUGAUAAGUGAGAAAAAACUUACUUUGGUUUUUGAGUACUGUGACCAGGAUUUGAAAAAAUACUUUGAUAGCUGUCAAGGGGAAGUUGACGCUAAUAUUGUAAAGUCUUUCAUGUAUCAGUUAUUACGAGGACUGGCAUUUUGUCAUGCUAAUAAUGUGCUACAUCGCGACCUCAAGCCUCAAAAUCUACUAAUUAAUAAGGAUGGGGAGUUAAAAUUGGGUGAUUUUGGAUUAGCUCGACCGUUUGGUAUUCCUGUUCGCUGUUAUUCAGCUGAGGUUGUAACAUUAUGGUAUCGUCCGCCAGAUGUUUUAAUGGGAGCGAAGAUUUACACGACCUCAAUAGACAUGUGGUCAGCUGGAUGCAUUUUUGCAGAAUUGUCGAAUGGCGGAAGACCUCUUUUCCCAGGGAGCGACGUUGAUGACCAACUAAGAAAAAUAUACAAAAUCUUAGGAUCACCAAAUGAAGAGGCUUGGCCUGGAAUGACAAAAUUGCCAGAGUAUAAAGAUUAUGGGUUCCAUCUUCCAGUAUCGUUAUCUCACGUUGUUCCAAAACUUCCAUCCAUUGGCAGGGACCUACUACAGAAAUUGCUCGUGUUCAAUCCAUUAAUGCGUAUGGCUGCAGACGUUGCAAUGAAUCAUCAAUAUUUCAAUGAUCUUAAUCCUUCAAUCAAAAACUGAUCACCUGAUCUGUUCUAAUUUAAGUAACUCCGCUUUCAAAGAAGCAAGAAAAAUAUUUCUGCAUAAUCGUGAAUAUACAUGCAUAAAAUCAACUUUUGUUUUACAUCAACUUCACCAAUAUC